AUGAACGUCACAGGGUCCCCGGCGGUGGCCCCUGAGUCUUGCCAGUGGCUGGCAGCCGAGGGGCACAGCCAGCUCAUCGUGCUGCACUACAACCACUCGGGGCGCCUGGCGUGGCGCGGGGGGCCCGAGGCCAGUGGCCUGGGGGCCCUGCGGGCCCUCUUCGUGGCUGUGAGCUGCCUGGUGGUGCUGGAGAACCUGCUGGUGUUGGCAGCCAUCGCCACCCGCAUGAGAUCCCGCCGCUGGGUGUUCUACUGCCUCGUCAACAUCACGCUGAGCGACCUGCUCACAGGUGUGGCCUACCUGGCCAACGUCCUGCUCUCGGGGGCCCACACCUUCCACCUGGCGCCCACCGAGUGGUUCCUGAGGGAGGGCCUGCUCUUCAUGGCCCUGGCGGCGUCCACCUUCAGCCUCCUGUUCACUGCCAUCGAGCGCUUCGCCACCAUGGUGCACCUGGUGGCCGAGAGCCGCGUCACCAAGACGGUGCGCGUCUACGGCUUCAUGGGCCUGUGCUGGCUGCUGGCCGCGCUGCUAGGACUGCUGCCGCUGCUCGGCUGGAACUGCGUGUGCCACUUCGAGCGCUGCUCCAGCCUCCUGCCGCUCUACGCCAAGGAGUACAUCCUGUUCUGCGUGGUCGUCUUCGCCGCCAUCCUCGCCACCAUCACGGUGCUUUAUGGCGCCAUCUUCAGGGUGGUGCGGCUCAGCCAGCGCCGGGCGCCGCGGUCGCACCGGCUGCUGCAGACGGUGCUCAUGAUCCUGGCGGCCUUCCUGGUGUGCUGGGGGCCGCUCUUCGGCCUGCUGCUCUCCGACGUCUUCGGCUCCAACGUGUGGGCCCAGGAGUACCUGCGGGGCAUGGACUGGAUCCUCACGCUGGCCGUGCUCAACUCCGCCAUCAACCCGGUCAUCUACUCGUUCCGCAGCCGCGAGGUGUGCCGGGCGGUGCUAAGCUUCCUGUGCUGCGGCUGUCUGCGGCUGGGCGUGCGCGGCCCCGGGGACUGCCUGGCCCGCGCCGCCGAGGCGCACUCCGGGGCCUCCACCACCGACAGCUCGCUGAGGCCCAGGGACAGCUUCCGGGGCUCCAGGUCGCUCAGCUUCCGCAUGCGGGAGCCCCUGUCCAGCAUCUCCAGCGUCAGGAGCGCCUGA